CGAUAAGUGGCGGCGGCAGCUCGGUUGAAGACAAUAACAAAGUCAAUCUUAGUUUUAUUUGUUUGUUUGUUUUGAACACCUGUCGCAAUGGCUGUGAGUGCCACCGGCUCACUAUCUUCAAAGCUAUCCCUGGGGCUGCUAAAUUUUGUGCUAGCCGUCAGUUCCGGAUGGGCACUCAAGCACUACAGCAUUGGCCGGUAUGCGCUAGCCGCGUAUGGAUUAUUCUUUACACAUAGCGUAUUCUGUAUUUUACAUUGCACGCAUCCCAAUCCCGGCCAGGUGCAACGACGCGUUUGCGAGCAAUCGCUGCGUUAUGCGCCGGUCAUAUUUGUUACGUUGAUCGCCGGCCAACUGCUAAGCAUCACUGGCAACAAUCAUCUAAUCGCUGGCAGCUGCAGCUGGCGUCCCAUAGUCUUCAGUUUGUACAUCAGCGCUUUGACUUUGGCCAGCGUGCGCUGCUGCCUCAACGAAAAGUCAACGCUAGCAGCACUGUUGGCUAGGCUCGAACGUCUCAAUCUCACACUCUGUGUGCUUUGGAAUGUCUUUUGCCUCUGGCAUAUUGCCAUUGCCGAUGAAUUUUGGUGGUCCAUAGGCUUGGCACUGUUGAUUCUGCUUAACCACUUUGUACUCUGGCGGCUAACACUGAGAUACAACAUCUCGGCCCUGGAGGUAGAAACGGUUGGCAUGUGUUUCUCCGUCAUAUUUGCCAUUAAUGCAACCCAAGAGCUGGUCGAGAGCAGCAGAUGAUGAUGAUCGAGGAUGACGACGGGACCAGGCAGCCAAUAAUGUUAACCCAAUGUUCGAUCAAUGCUGCAUUUAGCACAACACCUUGAGACAUAUUUAUACUAAUGAAGAGUUGAUGUUUUUUAUAUAUAUACUUGUUACGAAUGAAUAUUUAGUCAAUAAACGAAUGCUUUUAUAUGCAAAAUCAAUUUAUU